AUGGGUUUCAAACUAGGUGCUAAACUGCUAACCGCUAAGGAUGAAGUCACAUCCAGUGCGAAAAGUACAAAGAAAAGAUCCUUUGCAAGAUUUGGAACCAAAACCUUAAAGCUAAAGGAUGGUUCUGCUAUAGAACAUAAGAAAAUAACAAAAGCGGCAUGCAGGAGAUGCCUGGAACUGGCAUGCAAACAGGGUGAAUCCACCCUUCUUCUCAUGCCCCAUUCAUUCAUCUCCCUAUACAUGGCAUCCAACCUAAACAUCAAGCUCAUUCCACCUCUGCUGAAAAUGUCGAUUUCCUCGGCUUCUUCUUCCACCUGUGUCUCCAAAUUCUUCAACUUAUUACCUCCGAAAACCUCCACAUUGAGCCACCACAACUCUUUUACCCACUUGAAAGUCACUCCUGAUCUCAAGUCAUCUCGCUCCUUGUCUCUCCUCUUCAAGGCCAGCAAAUCGAGUUUUCAGUUCAUGCCAAUCAAACAUGAUAACCAUAUCCAAUCCAUGUUCACUGGUAUCGUUGAAGAAAUCGGGGAAAUCAAGCACAUUGGACUCUCUCAGAGUAAUGACUCUAGUUAUAGCAUCAAGAUUAGAGGAAAUGUAGUUCUACAAGGCAUAAAUCUUGGUGAUAGCAUCGCGGUUAAUGGUACAUGCCUAACAGUCACGGACUAUAACACCGAAUCUCGUGAGUUCAGUGUUGGAGUAUCUCCAGAGACGCUAAGAUUAACGACUCUGACAGACAUGAAACCAGGCUCAGUGAUCAACUUAGAGAGAGCAGUGACACCAUCAACGCGUAUGGGAGGGCAUUUCGUGCAAGGACACGUGGACGGGACAGGGGAAAUCGUGGAGGUUGAGAGAGAGGGGAGCUCGUUGUGGUUCAAGAUCAAGACUACACCUGAGGUGUUUAGGUACAUUGUGGCGAAAGGGUUUGUGGCGAUUGAUGGGACUAGUUUGACAGUAGUGAAAGUGUUUGAUGUGUCGGAAUGUUGUUUUAAUAUAAUGAUGGUGGAGUAUACGCAGCAGAGUGUAGUGAUGCCGUUGAAGAAAGUCGGAGAUAAGGUGAAUUUGGAGGUUGAUGUACUUGGUAAGUAUGUGGACAAGCUUCUUGGUGCAAAUAAUAUAAAUACCCCGAGUACAGUAACUUUGUAACAAGACGUCGAGAGUUCAAGUACGAAGUCAAAGCCAAUAAGUUUCGAUACAGAUGACUAAAUACAUGUGUGUCGUGUGUGUUAAGGUACUGGCAAGUGUAAUGUGGUUUUUGUACCUGUUUUGUAUGGUCUUUCAUCACCUAUAUGUGAUUUAUCAACGAAUAAUCAAGGAUGUCUGCAUCUU